AUGUUCGAUCCUCAGAUCACCAUCUAUAACCAUAUCAUCAAAGGGGUACCACAGAAUAAAGUACAGUAUAUUAAAAAGCUCCUGUUUGACUAUAUAAAGAAUGCAAUUUCAUUAGAUGAAGCAAAAGUUAACUGUUGUUCUAGUAUUGGUACUUCAGAGCCAAUCGACAAAAUGGAGUGCCUUAUGAAUGUACCAGAAGUAGCCCCACCAACUUCACAGUUUAUCCUAGACAGGAUCUCCAAUAACAAGACAAAAAAUAUGGACUCAACUUGA